AUGAUGACAAGAAACCUAAAAGCCGAGGUCAUGAUUGCAGGAGAACAGCUAAGACUGCGACUACAUGAUAGCAAACUGAUCAAGGACCGCAGACACCAUUUGCGGACGUACCCGAACUGUUUUGUGGCUCAGGAGCUCAUUGAUUGGCUGAUUGCUCAUAAAGAAGCGUCUGAUCGAGACACUGCCGUCCGGCUCAUGCAACACCUCAUGGAUCAUGACAUCAUUCAUCAUGUGUGUGAUAAGUGGCCCGUGUUCAGAGACGCUAAAUACUUGUACAGAUUCAGAAAGGACGACGGCACAUUUCCUUUCAACAUAGAGGUUAAGAUCUUCAUGCGUGGACAAAGGCUUUAUGAACAGGUGAUUUCCAGCAAAGACUCCAUCUCACAGGUGAGACAAGAAGAGGGUGUGGCUUAUGAACGCUCAUUUCCUGGUUACAUGUUAAUUGAUUGGCUGCUACAGAACAGUGAAAUCGAGAGUCGACGGCAGGGACUCGAUCUCUGCAAGGCCCUGCUAGAGCAUGACAUCAUUCAGCACGUCUCUCAGAAGCACCAUUUCUUCGACAGCGGGCUGCUGUAUCAGUUCUGCAUUAACUUUCGCAGACGGCGCCGUCUUUCUGAACUGUUGCAUGAGACAGAGAAUGAAGAGGUUGAAUGUGCAACACAUCAAACACAAGAAGACCAACCUGACAGUCCAUUCACACUGCGCAAAUCCCCACCAUCUGAGGGCAACAGUGACUUCUUAUGUGUUCAACCAAAUAAGGAUUCAAGUUUGUCUAGAAACGUACGGUGUGGAAGUGUGACCCACCAGCAACACAGCCCAUGUGGAGGUUACCCUGCUUCUCUAAAUGCUGCAGUACGAUGCAAUCCUACAUCAGUGCUGAAAAGACAUGUAACCUGUGAGGAGCUGUUAUCACCUGACACUCCUUAUGUAAAAAGAGUUCUAACGAUCCUCGGUGAUGCCCUCGGCUGGGGCUUUGUAGUACGCGGAAAAUCACCUUGUUAUGUUCAGGCUGUGGAUCCUGGAGGUCCUGCUGCGACAGCAGGAGUUAAGGUACGGCAGUUUGUGUGUCGAGUAAAUGGACGUAGCGUGCUUUAUCUGGACUAUCGUACUCUCUCGAGGCUGGUGAUGACUGGACCCCGUGUUGUUACUUUGGAAGUGAUGGAAUCACUGGAUUAA